AAUUAUUUUCGUGGACUUUCUCGGUGUUAGUUUGGCCAACUGAUAAUGAGCCCAUACAAUCUAUUAUGUAUAAUAAACUACAUUUUCGUGCUGAAUUUUUUUCUAACCUAAUCACUUCAAGAUGCCAAUCAAGCAAUUGCUACAUGUUCCAUAUUAGUUUUAAAUACACAAAUCCCAUGAAAAUUCUUAUAUACACUCGAAUAUAAAAUGUACUCUUAUAUAGAGUAUGUAGUACUAAGUAUGUGCUAUUCAAAUUAAUAUAAUAUCCCGUACAUUACACGAGUAAAAAAAAAUAAAAUUAAAAAACAGUUUUUAGCUGCACACGCAUCACAUUCAUCAUUCACGAUUCUCUCUCUCCUUUAAUCUAGUAGUAAGUUAGUAACUGAAACUCAGUCGUCUCUCUCUCUUUUGUGUCCAAGAAAACAAAAUUAAAAAUCAACAAUAAAUAAAAAACCCAACGUAUACAAUACAAUUAUUUUAGUUUCCUUCCCAUAAAAUAAAAUUGAAAAUCAACAAGCAAAAACACACAGAAAAAUCAAUCAAAAUCCUCCCUGAUAUAACAUCUAUAUGAUUCCCCCAAAUAAUCCUUUCAGAUCCAUUUCGCUUUCUUACCAUUUUUGUACGUUUCAAUUCCAUUACUUAAACCCCCCUUUUCACCUCCUUCUUCUUCACCAAUAAUUUCCCAGUUUUUGGAGAGAGAAAUUAAGCAAAUUCCAACUAUGGCGAGUCAGCUUGUUGUGCAGGUUCGCAGAGACAAAUUAGAGGCAUGCAUGACAUGCCCUCUUUGCAAACAGCUACUCAGAGAAGCCACUACUAUCUCUCUUUGCCUUCAUACAUUUUGCAGGAAAUGCAUUUAUGAUAAGCUUUCAGAUGAGGACGUUGACUGCUGUCCGGUGUGUGAUGUUAACCUUGGAAUCGUCCCAGAGGAAAAACUCAGGCCUGACCACAAUCUGCAAGAUAUCAUCGCCAAGAUUUUCCCUGCUAACGGAAGAAAGGUCGAGGAACCUGAAGUUGCCCCUCCAGUUUCCCCACCAGCUAAGAGAAAGGAAAGAUCGUUGUCAUCUUUAGUGGUGAGCACACCUAGAGUAUCCAUGCAGGCCGGUGUCACUGGUAGAAGGACUAGAGCUGGUGUAAGAAAAGGUUCUGCUCCGAGGGGUGCAAGUCCUGCCACCGAAGAAACUCCUAAAAAAGAGGAGGAUUCCAUGGAAGAUUGUGUUGAUGGAUCAAGCUCACCUGAGACACUGAAUAAAAUCAUACAAAAUAAGAAACAGAGCUCUUCUGCCAAAUCUUCCAAUGAUCAGAAUCGUGGUGAACACUUGGAGAAUAGCAAUGAAGGUCGGGAAGGAAAAGUUGAUUUGUGGAAGCCCUUAAAUACUCUUGUUGAGGCUGCAAAUAGAAGCAAGUUUUCUAAGUCUAAUUUGCAAGGGUCUUCUCAUGUUAAAACAGACUCGUCUUGUUCUGGAGAUGCUGAUAUAAGUAUGAAUAAGACCAGAAAUGAGGAGAACGAACAGAGAGAUGAAGGCCAGGAUGAAAAGAAUGCUGUGCCAACUGUCCCAGGGCCGGCAAAACGUAAGAGGCUGCGUCCAUCCAAUAGAAACCGGUCAUCUGCACCUGCAGAACAAAGCAGUCCGCAGGUGGUUGUUAAUGAGGUUCGUCGAAAUUGGAAAGAUGGUCCAAUCUGGUUUACAUUGGUUGCUUCUGAGGAUCAGGAAGGAGGUGAACCCCUGCCACAAAUUCCUGCAGCGUUUUUGAGAGUGAAGGAUGGAAACAUGCCUAUCUCUUCUAUUCAGAAAUACAUCGUCAAAAAACUUGAUCUUGCAAGUGAGGCAGAAGUCCAGAUAUUGCUCCAAGGACAACCAGUGCAGCCCGACUUGCUACUAAGCAGUCUUUUAGAAGCAUGGCUUCAUGCUUCACCAACCCAAAACAAGAUACAGACUGUUGUCGGUGAUUCUGCCAAGGAGUUCGUGAUGGUCAUCUCAUAUGCGCGGAAGGUUGAAGCACCAACUGCUUAGGGCUGCAGCAAUAAAGGCUUUGGCCUUUACUCAUUUAUCAUCUUCUUUAGUUUAAUACAGUGUUUAGAUCAUUAUUAGUCUGCAGGAACUACAUUCUCAGAGUUUUAUCUCCGAGAUGAGGUUGUUAAGUAUUCACAUUUAAUUUAUUAUAGAACUACAGAUCGGUUGUUUGCGCAUUGCAACCUGCCCAUGUAAAUGAGGUUGGACUUCAGGUUUUUUUUUUAGAUGAUAUAGAAGAUGAUAAACCACAGGCAAUCCUUCUUGUUGAAUUUUUUCUUCUUAUAAUAGUCGUUAAAGUUGAAUUGCUUUAUAUGCUGUAUUCUGUCUUUUUCAAACAUGACCAAUAUUAGUGAGGGUUGGUAAUGGUAACGUUAUUUGUACCAUUCCCCUAUAUUCAUGCAACAAUGCAAGUCAAAGUCAUGGACUUAUCAAUAUUUUGCAUAAAUAGUACCUUGGCAGAAUCUUGGAAGGUGGCUCGUGCACUCGAGUCGUGUCUAUGAUUUGGGAUCAAAAUUUUUAUUUGCUGAUACGCAUUAAUGUCUUUUCUAAUUAUAACUAAAAAAUUUCUUUUAA